AUGGCGUGUUCUUUCUCUUUUGCUUCUUUUUGUAGAAUCAUUUCAGAUUGUAUCCCAAUCAGAGGGAAAAAGAGGACGCCGUAUUUGGUGAUAUCGACUGUGCUCUCUCUUGUGCCAUGGCUCUUGCUUGGUCUAGAUUCAACCUCGCGAGAUUCCAGUUUGUAUCUGAUGAUUUUGUUGACCGUACAAAAUCUUGGGUCGGCCAUGGCUGAUGUUGUGGUAGAUGCCAUGAUAGCUGAGUCAGUAAGACUUGAAAAGUCCUCCUUUGCUGGAGAUCUUCAGUCUGUCUCAUGGUUUGCUAUGGCUGUGGGCGGAAUAUGCGGUAGUCUAUUAGGAGGGUAUGCAUUAACCAACUUGAAGAUAGAAACAAUAUUCCUCCUUUUCACGGUACUACCAGCGCUACAACUACUAUCAUGUGCACUGGUUGAAGAAUUUCCUGGUAACGAUGAACCAUUGCCCGAGCUGCUGGAUUCAAACGGGUUUGAAGAGAAAAGCAAGAUGAGCGAUGAUAAUUAUCGAGAUACAAAGAAGUCCACAACAAGAAGAAGGAAGGGACAGAAGAAAGGUAAAAAAGGAGCUUCCAAUGGAAAAUCUGAGACACAGAAGAAGCAAUCAAAGUCUUUGGCUUCACAGUGGUUCCAGUCACUGAAAUCAGCCACUUUUGGUUUAUGCCGUGCGUUCAAGCAACCGAUCAUUUUGAGACCAAUGGCAUGGUUUUUCAUCGCGCAUAUCACUGUGCCAAAUCUCUCUACUGUCAUGUUUUAUUACCAAACCGAGGUCUUGCAAUUGGACGCUUCUUUCCUAGGAAGAGCCCGUGUUGUUGGUUGGAUAGGUCUCAUGCUUGGAACCUUCAUCUACAACCGUUAUCUGACAAAUAUGACUCUACGCAAAUCUCUCUUAUUUGCUCACAUCGGUCUGUCUAUAACGAUACUCCUCGAUAUGGUUCUAGUAUCUAGAGCAAAUGUGGGUUACGGAGUAUCAGACAAGACAAUGGUGCUCUUCGGAUCAGCUCUAUCUGAUGCUAUCAAUCAACUCAAAUUCAUGCCGUUCUUGAUCUUGUCUGGUCGUCUGUGUCCUCCUGGGAUCGAAGGAACACUCUUUGCUCUGUUUAUGUCGAUAAACAACCUUGGGAACACAGUUGGGUCCUUCAUGGGAGCAGGAUUGGCUUCACUUUUGGGAAUCUCUUCAGGGUCCUUUGAGAAUAUGUUAAUGGGAUUAGGCAUUCAAGUGUUGUGCACUUACAUUCCCGUUUUGUUUCUUUUCUUGAUACCCAAGGAAGCUACAGGAGUAUCAGCUUCAUAG